AUGGUGCCGCCAUUGUUCCGCGUCCCGCCGCCAUCUGGAGCCGCGAAAAUUGCCUCCGCGGCGGCCGGCAACGCGGGGGCUGCGGCAGCAGCGCUUUCUCCUCCGGAUCCCGCGUCAAAGCGCCAAGUAGGAAGCUUCCUCGAAGACGAGUCCCCGCGGGGACGUAGCAGAAGGAAGCGCGAGCCGCUCGCCACCGCCGAUGCCGCCGCUAGUGCAGCAGCAGACGAAGGCGGAGCUGGCGGCGCUGGCGGCGGCGGCGGCGGCGGAGGGAACGGAGUGACGAUUACCCGAAGCCGCACCGUUCCUCUGCGGCCCGACCUCUCUCUCAGGCUGAAUCGGCCGCUCGGGUUUGGGUCCCUCUCGUGGCCGCGCUCUCCUGCCUCUUCUGCUGCUGCUCCAGGAGCUUACGCGACCGCUCCUGCUGCUGCUGCUGCUGCUGCUGCUGCUGCUGCUGCUGCUGCUGCUGCUGCUGCUGCUGCUGCUGCUGCUGCUGCUGCUGCUGCUGCUGCUGCUGAUAACGAUGAUGACAAUGGUGCUGGUGGCAAUGCUGCUGGUGCCAAUGCUGUUGAUGGAAGACACGUUACGGGUGCCCCAGCUUCUCUCCUCAGGACUGCAACUGCAGUCGGCUGGCCCGCCCCUGCCCCAUCUGCUGCUGUUGCUGGCUUGCCAAUCCCUGCCUCAUCUGCUGCUUUUGCCAAAUGGCCUGGCCCUGCCGCGUCUGUUGCUGUUGCUGACUGGCCAGCCUCGCAGGGUGCAGCGUCUGCUGCUGCGGCUAAUCUGACAGGUGUUUGUGAGAGUUUAAAAAAACCAUCCUCGCAGGGUGGUGGUGCGUCUGCUGCUGUGGCUGACCUGACAGGUGUGGUGCACAGAUUGUCAUCCAGCACUAUCCCUCCGGCCAUGCAUGCUCCAGGCGUGCAUGUUCCAGCCAUCGACGCCCUUGGCAUGCAUGCUCCGCGCUUCCUCGCUCCUUCCCCUCCUCGCUUCCACGCUCCUUCCCCUCCUCUCAUCCCUGCUGCGCCGCCUCUCUCCGCUACCAACGCUGCGUCCCCGUCCGUGCAUGCAUCCUCAUUCUCCGAUCCCACAGCCAUGCUACACUCCUCCUCUCUCUCGCCGCCCAUUCCCGUUAUGGUCCAUGCUGCCACUGUAGCAUCCUUGGUAGAGCCUACUUUGCCUGCCCUUGAGCAACAGCAUCUCUGGCACCGUACCUUGCAGCUCGCACAAGGGCUAGAUCAGGCCGGUGGAAGCAGCAGCGGGGGUGCGGGGAAUGCUCGACAGCUGCAAGCUACAGAGGGGUCUUACCAGCCGGAGCAACCACAGGAAGCAGCAUCGGCAUCGGAAGCGGCAGCGGCAGCGGCAGCGGCAGCAGCGUUUUCAGCAGCGCUUGUGCGAACCACCAGAGGACUUUCGUCGUUGAACACGCACGUGCCUGAAGGACCGGAGACACUGCGUGCUGCAGUUUUAACGUCAACGUCAAAACGCUCCGUCGUGCUCGUGCUCGAUUUCGGAUCGCAGUACACUCAGCUAAUCACGCGCCGCAUUCGCGAGCUCGGGGUCUACUCCGUCAGCCUGCCGGCCGGCGUGCCGUUAGAUCAAAUCCAGGCCGUCCAUCCGACGAUCAUCAUUCUCUCCGGCGGGCCGAACUCCGUGCACGAGGAAGGUUCGCCGACGUUGAUCGUGAAGACGCUGGGUGGUGACGUGGCGCGAGCCGAGGCGCAGGAAUACGGACGGAUGGAUAUCGUGGCGGAUUGCGAUUCGGCGCUCUUUGGCGGGAGCGACGCGGGAGGCGAGGAACCUGAGAAGAAGAAGGCGAAGAAUGAAUCGCGGCAGACUGUGUGGAUGAGCCAUGGCGACGAGGCGACGAAGCUUCCAGAGGGGUUCAAAGUGGUGGCGCGCAGCGACCAGGGCACGGUGGUGGCGAUUGAGUGCACUACACGCAAGAUAUUCGGCCUGCAAUACCACCCCGAGGUGACCCACACCCCCAGGGGCAUGGAGACGCUUCGCCGCGUGAUCUUUGAUAUUGGGGGCGCGCAUGCUGACUGGCAGAUGCAGGAGGUGCUGGAUGAGGCGAUCUCAGCCGUCCAAGCGGCUGUGGGGCCAGAGAAGCACGCGGUGUGCGCGCUGUCGGGCGGCGUUGACUCGACUGUAGCGGCCACUCUGGUGCACAAGGCGAUUGGGGAUCGCCUGCACUGCAUUUUUGUGGAUAACGGGCUGCUGCGCUUCCAGGAGCAGCAGCGGGUGAUGGCCAUGUUUGAGGCGGACCUGCAUCUGCCAGUCACCUGUGUGGACGCGUCUGACCGCUUCCUCUCCAAGCUCAGGGGCGUCACGGACCCCGAGAAGAAGAGGCGCAUCAUUGGGGCGGAGUUCAUCGGCGUUUUCGACGACUUUGCGAGCGAGCUAGAGGCAAAGCUGGGGCACCGACCAGAGUGUUUGGUGCAAGGUACACUGUAUCCGGACGUGAUUGAGUCGUGCCCGCCGCCCGGCAGUGGGAAGAAGCACUCGCACACCAUCAAGAGCCACCACAACGUGGGUGGUUUACCCGAGAAUAUGCGCUUUACCCUCGUGGAGCCCCUCAAAUGGCUGUUCAAGGACGAGGCGCGCAAGAUCGGGGCUCUGCUCAACGUCCCAGCCUCCUUCCUCUCUCGCCAUCCCUUCCCCGGACCUGGCCUUGCGGUUCGGGUGCUGGGGGACGUGUGCGCAGACGGGGCGCUCGACACCAUUCGCCAGGUGGAUGAGAUAUUCAUCAAUGCAAUCAAGGAGGCCGGCCUGUACGAUCAGAUCUGGCAGGCGUUUGCCGUCUUCUUGCCGGUGCGGUCGGUGGGAGUGCAGGGCGACCGGCGCACACACUCCCAUGUGGUGGCUCUCAGGGCGAUUACAAGCCAAGACGGCAUGACAGCAGACUGGUUUGAGUUUGAUACCAAGUUUCUCCGUGAAGUAUCAGCGCGCAUUUGCAACAGCGUCAGUGGUGUAAACCGGGUAGUGUAUGAUAUCACAUCCAAGCCGCCAGCUACAGUGGAAUGGGAAUAG